AGAAGACACUAGAAAGUGGAAUCCUACAGGCAUCGCCAUUGUCACAAACAAGCUGUUUGGAGGGAUUCCACUCAGUAUUGAAUCAUUUUGCACCCAAAAUGAUUGCAUUUAGCCACCCUGGCAUGGUUUGUAGACACAUACUCGCAAGCUUACAUUUUAAUAAAAAUCUCCAGAGAGAAGCGAAACGUAAACCAGAUGGAACAAACCAAUACAGGGUGAUGUACCCAAAAUUUAAGAAUGGAGUUGCUACAGUACGAGCUGUCACAGUUCAGCAAUGUUUUGAUUAUGUUGAUGAAAUUUAUAAAUUCAUGGAAGAGUCCGUUAUAAAUGAAAGCCUGCCAGUUGUCCUUUCAGAGUUGAUAGAGUCAACUCCCUGUCCAAUGAAUACCAUGCUUGAUAAACAGGACAAAGCUGCCAGUAUAGCAAAGCACAUUGCACGAAAAUCAAUGAUCACUGAAGCAGUCCCAUCUACAAGUACUGUACAAAGAACUUGAUCCAAAGAACCAUACAAUUAGAAGAUGGAGGCAACACUCAUUGUCGUUGAUGGACUUAAAUGAAAUUGUACAUAAACAUCAUAAAGCUGAACCUAAAUGCUUCUACUUUAUAUAGGGCUGCC